CGGCGCCUGCGCAGAAAGGUCACGUGGUGGCUGCGCCGGGGAAAUGGCGGCUUCAGGAGAGAGCGGGGCUUCGGGCGGCGGAGGCAGCACAGAGGAGGCAUUUAUGACCUUCUACAGUGAGGUGAAACAAAUAGAGAAAAGAGAUUCAGUUCUAACAUCCAAAAAUCAGAUUGAAAGAUUGACCCGUCCUGGUUCCUCUUACUUUAAUUUGAACCCAUUUGAGGUUCUCCAGAUAGAUCCUGAGGUGACAGAUGAAGAAAUAAAAAAGAGGUUUCGACAGUUGUCUAUAUUGGUGCAUCCUGACAAAAAUCAAGAUGAUGCUGACAGAGCACAGAAGGCUUUUGAAGCUGUGGACAAAGCUUACAAGUUGCUACUGGAUCAGGAACAAAAGAAGAGGGCCCUGGAUGUAAUUCAGGCAGGAAAAGAAUACGUGGAACACACUGUUAAAGAGCGAAAAAAACAAUUAAAGAAGGAAGGAAAACCUACAAACGUGGAGGAGGAUGAUCCAGAGCUGUUCAAACAAGCAGUAUAUAAACAGACCAUGAAACUGUUUGCUGAGCUGGAAAUUAAAAGAAAAGAGAGAGAAGCCAAAGAAAUGCAUGAAAGGAAACGACAAAGAGAAGAGGAGAUUGAAGCUCAAGAAAAAGCCAAACGAGAAAGGGAAUGGCAGAAAAACUUUGAGGAAAGUCGAGACGGUCGGGUAGAUAGCUGGCGAAAUUUCCAAGCAAAUACCAAGGGGAAGAAAGAGAAGAAGAAUCGGACCUUCCUGAGACCACCGAAAGUAAAAAUGGAGCAGCGUGAGUGACCAACUGGAUCACAGCCACGGAAACCUCCCCAGCUGUCUCCUUCCUGCUUUGAAGGACUCAUUCUUUCCUCCCACUUCCACCCCAACAUAGAGUAGUAUUUGCUUUUUAGUCCAUUUUGUUUUCAAUACAAUUUAAUAUCAAUCAGAGUAAUUCUUUUCUACAUUGAAAGGAGGGGCUCGUUUAACCUUCCCCAGUCCUUACCAGUAGAACAACAGGAUUGAGGGGGCCACCAUGGGCGCUACUUUCCUUUUCCCCCAGCCUGUAACUUGGUGUUUUGUACUCCACGGAAUUGUGAUGGCUAGAAAUGUCCAUGUAUAGUUUGUGGGAAUCAUCCAAUUAAAUGUUGUGCUUACAGUGGUGUUGCCGUGACUUCAGAGAAAAGCCUGGGCCACCUUAGGAAGCUCUUUCUCUUGCUUCUGGGUGUGCCAUUCCUUUGAAGCUCUAGGUCAGACAGGGAGGGCAUUGUGGGCACUCAGGACAAUCCCUUGAUGCCCUGAGGCUCUGUAGUGGUUGGCAUGUGCCUUUAUGUCUGACUGACCAAUCACCAUGGCAUGAAAGCUCCAAGCCACCUAAACCCAUUCACUUUCCAAAGAGCUAGCCAUCUAAUACCAUUGUGUCUUAGCUUAUCUGCAUUCAUUAGUGGUAAUUAUUCUUUAUGUAUAAUAAAUUUUUAUACCCAAACCAUA